AUGUUAAAAGAUUCAAAUUUUAAUGUUGAUUAUGUUUAUACAAGUUUAAUAUCUCAAACAAAACAAGUUCAAGAUGCAUAUUGGAUGCCAAGAAAUAUUUCUUACAAUAGUUCAUUAGAUUAUAUAUGGUUUACUGGAUCUCGAGGUACAGAUCGAACAGGAUAUCAUUUAUCAAAAGCUUAUGAUGAAUCUUAUUAUGCUUUAUAUGAUAUAAAUCCAUAUUCAAAUUUAAAUAGACUUCGAUUUUGUCGUAAAGAUGAUAUUCGAACAUUAAUAAAACAAUCUUCAUUAUGUAAUUAUAAAUCUUGUAUAUCAAAAUGUUUAAAUAUAACUCUUCCAAAUCAAAGUGAUGAUGCAAGAUUUGGUUUUUAUAGUUGUAUACCAAAAAAUAGUUUAGUUGGAAUUGUUUAUACACAAUCAUUUCCUGAUUAUGGUGAUUUUAUUCGACCUAAUCUACCAAUGGAUUAUAGUGUUGGACUUCGAAGAAAAUUUAAUGAAUCAUUAAUAUUAAAUUUUGAACAAACAGAUAAAGAUCUUCGUUAUGAUUGUUAUGAAUAUAUAAAUUUUGAUAGAUUAUCAACAUUAAAUGAUACAAUUAAAUUAUUAUGUGAUUCAUCAAAUACAAAUAAUAAAACAAUAAAUGGAAUUAGUUUUAAAAAAGAUUUUAAUGGUCUUAUAUCAAUUUCUUUAGAAAAUAAACGAAUAUCAGGACAUCAUACAAGAUUUAUUGAUUAUCAACUUUACGAUAGUCGAUGUAGUUAUCAAGGUAUAUAUCAUCCAUAUAUAAAUCAAUGUAUUUGUGCACCAGGUUUUUAUGCAAAUCAAUGUCAAUAUAGUUGUCCACCAGGUUAUUACGGACAAACUUGUGAUUAUUAUUGUCAAGGUGAUGAUGAUUAUUGUAAAGGUUUAUUAAUUUGUUUACCUGAUCCAUAUGGAUGUUCAUGUUAUACUGGUUGGUAUGGAACUAGUUGUAAUAUAAGUUGUCCAAUUAAUCAAUAUGGACCUGAUUGUUCUUAUCAAUGUCCAUGUUCAAAUUGUAAUAGAUUUACAGGUGUUUGUAAUUGUACUGGAACAGAAUGUUAUAAUGGUAUAUAUACUCGUUCGGAAUUACAAUCAAGAUGUUCAUCAUCGUCGUCAUCAUCAUCAUCUAAUUUAGUAUUAUUAAUCGUUAUUCCAAUAAUUAGUUACAUUCAAAACGUGGAGAAAAUAAUAUGA